AUGGCCUCUGACUGGUCGCUCCCGGCUGCGCUGUCGCCCGCUUUGACCACACGCGAGGCCAUUGCUGAUGCGCUCCACCGUUGCAUGAUUGGCAUGGAUACUAAUGACACGGCUCUCUUCGAUUCCGCCCACACUCAGGAUGCCCAGUGGAACAUCGGUGGCAGAGUCGUGCAGGGGCUCCAGGCCAUCCACCGGGAAUGCUACGAAAAAACCAUAAUGACGCUCGACACCACGCAUUACGUCACGAAUAUCCGCAUCCACGUCCUCGACGGAGCAUCGGAAGGGUCGCUUUCGGCUCUGUAUCAGGCCAAGCAUUUCCGUGGCCAGACAGGCACGGUACCUGGUGCACCGUCAUAUACGAUGGGGGGCGUGUAUUUUCUUAAUCUUGUGAAAGAUGAGACGGACGGGCUGUGGAAGAUCAAGGAGUUCCGAAUGAAGAAGCUGUGGGUGGAGGGCGACCCCAGUGUCAUGGGCCAUUAA